AUGAGGACCCAAAUGAACAUGAUGAUGAAGGUGAUGGAGAACAUCAGCAUGAAGUUAAAGGAAGGAGGACGUCAGCAAGUCAGCUUUCAGAGAGGUAAAACUCAUGAAGAAGCUUCAACUAGCCAAAGGGAAGGUCGAUUUCCAAGCCAACCUGAAAUAAAUCCUAGAAAUCUUCAUCAUGUAAACCAUGCUAUAUAUGAUGUUCUUGAAAUUUCUGAAAAUAUAGAGAGCAUGUAUGCCAUUUCAAACUUGAGAAAUGGAAAAGUGUUACUUGAUCCUUAUUUAUUUGAUAAUACUUUUUUUGAUAAGGAUGAGGAAAACUUUAGGCUAGAAAAACCAAGUGACAGUGAAAAACUUAGGGAAGAAGAGAACAUUAGAGAUAAUGAAAAUCAUUAGUUAGAAAAUUCAAAAAUUAAACCUCCAAAACUUAGUGAGUAUCAACCUAGAAUUCUAUUUCCUGAAGCUCUAAAAUGCCCUAAUGGAAAACAAACCACAUCUCAUGAUCGUAUCAUGGGAGUUUUUAAGAAAGUCACUAUUACCAUUCCUUUAGUUGAUGCCAUUCAAAAUAUUCCUUCUUAUGUAAAAUUCGUGAAAACUCUUUGCACCCCAACUAGAAGUAAUAAGAAGGAAAUGGUACAACUCUUUGUAUCUAUUAGUUCUUUUAUUUUGAAUAAAUGCCUAGAUAGAAAAACAAUCAAGGUGCUUUGAUAAGUCUUCAUUAUCAUGAGUUAAUAAUUAGUAAAUAAUAUAGUUUUAGCCUUAACUCAUGAUAAAUAGACUUAUAUUUAUGUUAAAGAGUGAAAAGUGGUUUUCAGUUGAUUAACAUAUUUUUUUGGGUAAUUAUGUGAUUUUAUAUGAUUUUAUAUGAUUUUUAUAAUCUUACUUUUGAGAUAAAUGAAGAAAAAGAAAUAAAAAUAAAAAUAAAAUAAAAUGAGGGGGGCCCACUGGCCAGUCGGGCCCAUAAGCGGGUCGGAAGUGCAGUCGGAUAGGAGCCACGAGCAAGGGCUCAAGCGGCUCAAGUAGAAAUCAAUUUGAAUAAGGUCAUGAAAUGUCCAAAAGGAUCUAGUGAGGAUGACUACUUUGUUUUUUUUGUUUUGUUUUGGUUAAGAUUUGAUUAUAUUGAUGUUGAUGAAAUGUUUAUCCCCGAGCCUCAUACGUGAGAACUAGGGGAGACAAGACAUAGCUCUCUUUGGAAAGUGGUAAAUGAAAAGUGAAGUAGUAGAUGCGACCAAGGUUGAUCAUUUCGACUGA